GGUAUAUCAUUAAUCGUGGUGGCAACCCUGUACUGCUAAAAGACGGGGCGUGGAGUGGUCGGCGAACACAAAGCGCAUCAAAAAGUUGCCGACAUACCAAUCUCUUUUGUCAUGAUGCGUAGGUACUGUAAUCGUCUCGUCAUAUUCUGUUGGAAACUUGGAAGUUUUACGUUAGAUACAAAAUUAUCGCAAGUGCCAGAGACAACGGUCUUCCGAGGUCGGCGUUGGUUCGUCACCAGUCCGUUUGUGGAUGGUUUAAGUUUUCGUCGAAACCGCGAUAGGUCCAUCGUACCUAUCGUUCGUUUUUAACCAAUCCACUAAACGAUCAACACUACUAUCUAAUAUUGCGUUUGACUGAUGAGCGAGUCCGUGGGAUGGGUUGAAAGAAAAUAGAAUACAGUUGAUAUAUGGCGUGUAAAUCUCUACAUUGAUACCUAUAUCUCCGCCAAAUUAGAAGAUGUGUUCUGUUGAAGAUACAUAUAAAAUCAUGGUUUUCAGACCAACAUUGACAGAAUUUAAAAAUUUCAAUAGCUACAUUGAGCUUAUGGAGAAAGAAGGGGCUCACAGGGCUGGAUUGGCAAAAGUUAUUCCACCACCUGAAUGGAGAGCAAGAAGUACAGGAUAUUAUGAAGAUGAUAUUAUGAGUUUGAAAAUUCCAACUCCAAUUAGUCAAGUUUCACAAGGUAAUAGAGGACUUUAUCAACGACUUAAUAUACGAAAGAAACCUAUGACAGUAUCUGAUUAUAAAAUAUUAGCAGAAUCUGAUGAAUUUAAGACACCUGACUUCUUUAAUUAUGACGAUCUUGAAAGAAAAUUUUGGAAAAAUAUUAUGUAUAACCCCCCAUUGUUUGGUGCAGAUGUAUCUGGAUCUAUUAUGGAUAAGGAUCUUGGUGUUUGGAAUAUUAACAAAUUGGAUACAAUAUUAGAUUAUGUAAUUGAAGAUUAUGGUGUUAGAAUUGAAGGUGUCAAUACAGCUUUUUUAUAUUUUGGUAUGUGGAAAUCCUCAUUUGCUUGGCAUACUGAAGACAUGGACUUGUAUAGUAUAUACUAUCUACAUGCAGGAUAUCCAAAGACAUGGUAUACGAUACCUCCAGAACAUAGUCACCGCUUUGAAAGAUUGGCUAGAGACAUUUUUUCAAUUGAAGCUUCAAAAUGCCCUGCUUUUCUCAGACAUAAAACGACUGUAAUCUCUCCUGAUAUUUUGAAACAAAACUCUAUACCUUUUAAUAAAAUCACACAAAUGCAAGGGGAAUUUAUUAUAACAUUCCCCUUUGGAUAUCAUUUGGGGUUUGACCACGGAUUCAACAUGGCGGAAUCCAUUAAUUUUGCAUCACCACGUUGGGUGGAGUAUGGGAAAAAAGCUUCACAGUGUGAUUGCAGUCAAAAUUCAGUGAAAAUUUGUAUGGAUACAUUUGUUAAACGUAUACAGCCCGAAAAGUAUGAAUUAUGGCUUCGAAACAAAAAUAUUGGUCCUCAUCCAAAAGAUACUUCUGGUACUUUAAAAGCUCCUUUGACUAGUGAAUCUAACAUAUUAUGUAACAGGAACAAUACAGGUAUUCCAAAAUAUAACAUUAAAGCUGGUAGAAAACGUUGUCAUGGAACACUUCAAUCAGAUUCUGAAUUGCCUAAUGAUACAACAUAUGCAAAUAAAGCUAUAAAUGUAUCUCCAUCAACAAGUGUACAAGGGUUAAAUAAAAAAGAAUAUAAAGAUGAGCAACUUAAUGACAAACAGAGAGAAGUAGUGGAAAAUAAAUUGCUAAAAGCUGAUGAAAUGGAUAUACAAAAUAAUAUAAGUGAUAUGGUUAACAAUCGUUGUUCAUUUGAGGUUGAGCGUCUGUAUAACAUUUAUAGAAGUAUGGAUGACCCACAUUGUUCAAUAUGUAUGAUGUUUAAUCAUAAAAAGUUAACUUUCAACUUGGAUUGGAAAAUCAUAGCAAAAUCUUCCGUGUUACCCACUUUGAGGAAUCCCACUAAAGCAUUAUUUAUACGUGCAGUUUCUGGCCAUAAAAAAGUUUUUAAGGAAAAACUCAUAAGAUGUGUAAAAUGUUUUUUGACAGUUCAUUAUACGUGUUAUGGCCUAACUGAAGACACAAGUAGUCAUUGGUUAUGUGAUCGAUGCAUGAAAAAUCCUAGGCUUGUCGCUUGUAUAUACUGUCCAUUUAAAGUUGGUGCUCUAAAAGAAUUUGAUAUCAAUGAAUGGUCACAUGUUGAAUGUCAUAUUUUUCUACACAGCAGUAGUCCAUUAACUAUCAAUAUUUUUCCAACAGCCUUUAUAACUAACCAAAAGUGUGUAAUAUGCAAUUUAACAUCUGGUAAUUGUUUUCGUUGCUCUGGAAGCAGUUGCUGUGCACAGUUCCAUAUUUCUUGUGGAAUAUUUGCUGGAUAUCAUUAUCAAAUUCAACAAAAGCAUAUUACUUUAAUGUAUUGCAACAAUCAUUCAUAUAUUCCUGAUAAAAACAAGAUAGUUCACAUAAAUCAAAAAGUAUGGACAAGACACUUAAUAGGACAACAUGAAACGAUCUCUGAAUGUCGAAUUGUAAAAAUUGAUAAAACUCCUUUAGGUAUUGUGAAAUACAGUGAUGGUAAAAAAUCAGAGAGUAUUACACUAAAAGAAAUUAAGAACUAUGCAAAUAAUUUUCCACGCAUUAACAAAAUAAUACAUUUAAAAUCUGGUGACAAAGUUUUAUUCCAGGGCUUAAAUUAUAAACACAUGUAUUCAGUCGAAUAUUACGAUGGUACAUUUGGUUGUAUACUCCCUGAUGAUCUACACUUUUCCGAUGAAGAAUCUUAGCAAGCUUAAUGACUAUCUAGGUUAGCUGCAUAUCAAAAAUAAAAUAAAAUAAUUGAUGUUUUAUGAGUAUGUUUACUUACUUAAUUAACAAUUUUAUUUUUAGAACUUUUAAGAAUAUAAUAUAUGUAUAUAUAUAUUAAUCAACUUGUGGCCCAUAAUUCAUAUUAUAAAUUGUACGCAUUAUGAUAAUAACUUGUUCUAAUAUUGUAUAGUGUACACAUGAAUAAAUAAAAGAUACUUUUACAAUUGUAUUGAAAUACAGAUACAAGUACAUCCAUUCAGAAUGUAUUUCAAAUACAUUUCAAAUACUUUAAAAAAAGGUAUUUAAGAACUAAAGUAGUAAUAGUAGGACACUCCAGUGCACUUUAUGCAAAAAUAAAUAUGGACAAAAUCAUCAGUCAAAUUGCUGAAACCAAAGCAAAGAAAGUUAAUUUACUUAGGUAAAUAACUAUAUUUUUAAUUUAAAAUGUUUUUUUUUUUAAAAUACAUUCUCAGUAAAUGUUGUAAUUUUGUUUGUUGUUAUUAAUUAUAAAAGAUUAUUUUACACAUUAAGUUCAACUAGGUAAGUUUAUCUAUUUAGAGGCCUUUAUAAAUAUGUUUAACAAAUUAAUAAUUAUACAAUAUUAUAUUAUACAAACGAUACUUACCUAA